UUGGGGGAGUAUCUUUUUGCUUUUUUCGUAACAUAAUGAAGACGUUUUUAGUAAUUUUAGCAGGGAUUGUGGCGAUAGUGGCGGCGGAUUUCGAUGACCAUCUCAUGGAGGAAGAAAAUUUAAUGUUGGGAUUAGAUCCUGAUGGAGUCCCUCUUGAUGACAUCGAAGAAAUGGACCUUAUUGACGACAAUGACGAGAAUGAUGACGAGGAAGAGGAGGAGGAUGAUAAUGAAGGAAGCGGAAAACCAGAAAACAAUAUAUGCAAAGAGAAGUACCACAAAUGCAAACGGGAUUGGUUUAAAAAGUUUUUUGGUAUUUGUAAAAGACAAUUAAAAACCUGCUGUAUGAAAGAAUUUCACGAGUGUCGCACAAAGUCAACGUCGCUACUUGCUUUCACAAAUUGCAACAAAAAAAUGUUAAAAUGUAAAAACCACUAGCCUGAAUGGUUUUUUUAUCAUCAGCGUGUGUGACAACAUAUAUCAGUAUCCACCAAUAUAA